AGUUAGAAUUACAUAAUAUUGUGUACGUUUAUGCAUGUCGUGCCGAUAGAAUGGUCGACCUGAAAUCUGCUAAUUCCUGCUGGUAAAAAAAACCAGGGAAUCAUGUCUUGUGCAGCUACUCAAAAUAACAGGGCCCUUGCAGCCAUCGUGGGCUGUCUUGUGAGUGAUGCAGCUGCCCAACCACUACACUGGAUAUAUAACCUGGGCAAGCUGGACGCCAUCGUGGGAUCAAAUAAAAAUUCCCUGGAAUUCUGGGAGCCGUCAAAGAACCCGUUUUAUCGCAUCGAAACGGGACGGGGGACAGCAUACGCCGAUCAGACCACAGCCCUACUGGAAUCACUAGUGGCCUGCGAAGGAUUCGACAAGGCCGACUAUGGGGAGAGACUCCAGGCGGUAUUCGGCCCGGGCACCGACUACGAGAAUAACCUGAACAAAGUCUACGUCAUGAAGAGCGGGGUUCAAUCUAAGUACCCAAUCCACGGUCCGUGGAGUCCAAAGGCCAUCAAGGACUUCCUGGCCAAUCGAGCUGAGGGCAAGGAAAAGACAGGAAGUGAAGUCAUGUGCGACAUGCAUGCCGUGGUUGCCGUGACGCCCGUCGUGGCAAUGUACGCUGGCAGGAGCGACAUGCUGGAGAAAGUGGAACAGUCCAUCGCCGUGGUAACAGUCGUUGAGGAGGCAAUCGUUGUCGGUCUAGCCGCUGCCAGAAUCUUGGAACAGUUUAUUCUGAAUCCCGGCAUAGAUGGGGACGCGGCUUUGGAAGCUGUUGUGAAAGACCUCGCGAGUCCAUCCAGGAACAACCCCAACGAUCUCGACCGGGCCGUGAUUGGUCAACUGAAGAAGGUGCUGGAAAAGAGGAGUUGGAAUCAUCGCGAGGCGGCCAAGAAAUUCUUCAAGAAUAGCUGAGAUCUACCCGGGGCCUUCCAGUCAGCCCUGCAUUGCUUAGCAAACCACACUGAUCUGGCACCAGCCGUACGGACCACCGUGAUGGCCGGGGGUUGCAAUGCCAGUCGGGCUGGGUUCAUCGGAGCUUGCCUUGGGGCACGGAACGGCCUGCAAGGUAUACUGGAGAUGUGGAAAUCAAAGACGCUGGCUUUCCCCAAAAUCCUGGAGCUUUCUCAAAAACUAGUGGCGAUCAAACUCACAGACUAGUCCAGUCAUCAGUGAAUUCUGUUUAUAGUAACAGCUAGUUGGGUAUUACGCGGUGACGUAUUUUCACGAGACUGCUGGAGAAUCGAUGACGAAAUCAGAACAAAUGCAUUCAUUGGUGCACUUCUGAUUUCUGACGGCUAUCUACCAGAUUUCGUGAAAAUACUUCAUAUAAGAUACCAGCGGCAGUUUGUACUUGUAACUUUAUUGUACGUGAUUUUGUAAUAAUCAAUAGUGAUAUCAUUGGAAGUGUAAUGGAUAUUCAGACAAUAUGCAGCUGUGCAAUGUUUUUGCAAGUAUUUUUGUAUUAAAGUGAAAACCAUAUUGAUAUAAAUUGACAUUACAUCAGAUUUCUGUAUUUCUUUGAAGUACAUGUACUGUUAUACAAUUGGAGAUAAUAGUAGUAUUCAGUAUAUUAAAACAGGGUAUUUUCUAUUGUAGCUGACUUUACUUUGGAAAAAUCCACGAUAUGUCUUCUCUUCGAAGUAUAUUUUAUGGUAAAUAAUAAUUGUAAUGAAAAGUGUAAAACCGGGUAUUUUAAUAUGGCAGAGUACUUCACUUUUCGAAAAUCUAUGAUAUUUUCAUUUUCGGAAAAUGUGAUACAUGUACAUUUGUAAUUCUGUUCCUGCAGAAAGAGAAAUAUGCAGAGGUUUCUUGUUCCUUCUGAAAAGCAAAAACAAGGAAAACACGCACAAUCUGUAAAGAUAUAAUUGUCAACAUUAAAAUUUGGUUGCAAAUCAAUUUA